GGCGUGACAAAGAUGGCGGCCGAACUUGAGGAAAUGGCGCCUCCAUUUUCACUUCAUUCUAUGGACGAUACUGGUUCCUCUGGUAAAAAUACGAUAGAAUUGGGGACCGAAGAAGAAGAAGAAAAAGGGCAGGACCACAAAGGGGUUUUCGUUUUAAGAGAAAAAAGUGGUGUUAUUCACCCGGUUGACUACAAAUAUAGAGUUGAUACUUGCUAUCCUGGAUAUAAUCCACGUUUUGUCAAUGCACCAACGGUUAUCACGUUGGUUGGUUUACCAGCAAGGGGCAAAACAUAUAUGGCCAAAAAACUGGGUCGUUAUCUCAACUGGAUAGGCAUCAAAACAAAAGUGUUCAAUGUUGGUGAGUACAGAAGAAGGGCAGUGGGGUCUGAUAAACUACAUGACUUUUUCCGUGUGGACAAUGCCGAAGCACAAAAAGUCAGGAGACAAUGUGCUAUAGCUUGCUUGGAAGAUGUCAGCAAGUUUUUAACUUGUGCUGGACAAGUUGCAAUAUUUGAUGCUACAAAUACAACAUUUGAGCGAAGGGCCUUAAUCAUGGACUUUUGCACAAAAAGAGGAUUCAAGGUUUUUUUCAUGGAAUCCAUUUGUGAAGAUUCAGAUAUUGUCGCUGCAAAUAUUAAGGUGAUGGGACAUGAAUUUCUCAGUAAUGAGGAGUUUAAAACAUGGGAGGUAUGGGUAGAUUCUCCAGCUUCAACUUUACCUCCACAGGAAGUUAAAGUUUUCAGCCCAGACUAUGUGACUGUGGAUCGAGAUACAGCCGUUAAAGAUUUCAGGAAGCGUAUCAAGCACUACGAGGAUGCAUAUGAACCACUUUCAUUAGAAAAAGAGGGGCAUCUUUCAUUCAUCAAGAUCAUCAAUGCAGGAGAACAGUACAUAGUAAACAGCAUUGAUGGUUACCUUCAAAGCAGAGCAGUCUAUUUUUUGAUGAACUCCCACAUCAAGAAGAGGUCAAUAUAUCUUGCUAGGCAUGGUGAGAGUGAAUUUAAUGUUCAAAAGAGACUUGGGGGCGAUUCUGAUCUGACAGCCAAAGGAGAGGAGUUUUCAUCAGCUCUGGCGAAAUUUAUCGAAGAUGAAAAAAUCAAAGAUUUAAAGGUUUGGACAAGUCAGUUAAAAAGGGCAGUGGACACUGCUCAGUAUCUCAAGGGAGUGACAACUGAGAGAUGGAAGGCACUUAAUGAAAUGGACCACGGCAUCUAUGAUGGAAUGACUCUGGAUGAGAUAAAAAAGAUGGACCCUGAAGAACACAAAGUUAUAGAAGAACACCCGUUCAAUUAUCGAUACCCCAGGGGAGAGUCUUAUAGUGACGUGUGCGCUCGACUCGAACCAGUAAUAAUGGAAUUAGAAAGACAAUCCAAUGUCUUGGUCAUUUGCCACGAGGCUAUCCUGCAGUGUCUCAUGGCAUACUUUCUGGACCACAGCUCAGGAGAACUGCCAAAUCUUCACAUUCCUUUUCACACAGUCUUCAAACUGACGCCGAUUGCUUAUGGCUGCAGAGUUGAGAGGUAUCCACUUUCCCCAGUGGCUGGGACAAGCCCACCAGGCUCAAGCAGUACAUAGAAGCCCAAAGACAGAUAGAGGCUCAAAGUACCGGAUUCAAAACGACUCCAUAUUUAAGCUCGUUUGUACGGGGUAGUUGUAACGUUAAUUUCAUGCUACUGGCAGAGCCUCGUUCUGAGAAUUGAUUUUGCCAAUACGGUAGACCGUCUUUUGUCAAGUGGUUAAUCUGUGGCGUGCACGCUAUCCUCUUACUGGUCGGGUUUAUGAGCAGUCAGGGACACUAACUUUUGUGUUCUAAAUCGAGCUUACUAAGAAGCGCUCUCGACUUCGGUCAUAUUAAAAGAAACAACAACAACAACAAAAAAACAGAUCAUGAAACGAUGUUAAAUAAUUAUGAAUAUCGACAUAUAAUGGUAUUGUAAGACAGUCGUAAAUAUUGCUCAGUUCGAAAAGACUGGGGCGUAAUCAAAAUUUAAAUGAUUUUUCGUCAUUUAUAUUAUCCAUUGCGUAAUGACAGAAGUUUACAUGCGGGUAGAAAGUAGUUUAAGGGGGGGGGGGAGGAUUUGGUAUACUGUAAAUACAUUAGCAUACUUGAAUCAAAGCAAUCCAUAACUCUACAUAGACAGGCAUAUGCUCAGACUAUCAUAGAUCAGAGUAUCAUCAGAGAAUUUUGGAGCUACUUUGUCAAAUAAGACUUAAAAGUUUUUGGUUAAUGUCGGUCGAAACGUUAGACGAAAUAGGCUGAACCAACUACAUAGACUUCUAAUUUGUUACUUCUAUGCGUAUUAAGAAAACAGUUAUGAGCCGAUAGAGCCAAAGCUUCGUAUGUAUUGGCUUUACAUUUAUUUAGUCAUAACACGACGCGUAGUUUUAAGAUAGAAGAAGCUGGGAUAAAAUUAUACGUAAAUAUUGAUGUGUUAAUGUAAGUGAGGAUUUGUUUUGCUUAUAAAACAACUGAAGAACUUAA